GAUAGUACACUAAAACACCAAAACAUCUACCAUAACCCCAACCGUCGCAAACAGUACACCCCUCUCCCCGACUCUUCGCCGUCAUCGGUGCCGAUUGUCGCUGCCGUCCCUCGCUGACAUCCGCCGCCAACCGGCCAAAGCAUGAUAUCUUGAGAUUCACAUUUCACCAUCGCCCAGUCUGCAGAAGCAAUGUCAGGUCCACGGGAGAAAGAGCUGCACCGCGCGCGGCUGGUUGCCAGCGUCGCAGCCACGGUCAUUUCUCUAGCAUGCGGCACCAACUACGUUUACUCGGCAUGGUCCCCUCAAUUUGCCGAGCGAUUGAAGCUCUCCUCGACCGAAACGAACCUCAUUGGCCUUUCCGCCAACCUGGGAAUGUACUCUUUGGGCGUUCCCGUCGGCAUGCUCGUUGAUCACAAAGGACCUCGUUCUGCCGUCAUCAUUGGCUCUGUCCUGCUCGCCCUCGGAUACUUCCCCUUCCACAUCGCCUACGAUCGCGCGGCUGGCCCCGUGCCGCUUCUCUGCUUCUUUUCAUACUUGUCCGGCCUCGGCGGGUGUCUGGCUUUCGCCGCGUCUGUCAAGACGUCUGCUCUCAAUUGGCCUCAUCAUCGGGGGACUGCUACCGCAUUUCCCCUAGCUGCUUUUGGUCUGAGUGCCUUCUUCUUUUCGACGUUUGGGAGUCUCUUCUUCCCCGGCAACACCAGCGCUUUCCUGGCCUUGCUGUCCAUCGGGACCUGCGGUUUAACCUUCUUCGGUUUCUUCUUCCUGCGCGUCUAUCCUCAUGCCACCUAUCACAGUCUGCCGGCAAGCGAUGGUCUUUCCGGCUCGCAGCAGCUUCGACGCACUUCUUCGGAAGAGGCCAAGCCCAACCGACCCGGCUAUGGGCACCGCGGCGCUCCGGUUGAACCUGAUAUUCGUGGCUGGGCUCUUUUGCGUGAAAUCGAUUUUUGGCAAUUCUUCCUCAUCAUGGGCAUUCUUACCGGUAUCGGUUUGAUGACGAUCAACAACAUUGGAAACGACGUAAAGGCCCUGUGGCGUCAUUAUGACGAGUCCGUGGAUGAGGCCUACCUCAUCACGAAGCAGCAGAUGCACGUGUCCAUUCUAUCGAUUGGCAGCUUCGCGGGCAGGCUUCUGAGCGGUGUCGGCUCCGACUUUAUCGUAAAGGUCCUCCACGGCAGUCGGGUGUGGUGCCUUGUGGCAUCCAGUGCUGUGUUCUUCGUGGCGCAGCUCAUGGCCCUCCACGUCACAAACCCUCACAUGCUCGGAUUGGUCUCGGGCUUGUCUGGUAUCGCCUACGGCUUCCUCUUCGGAGUCUUUCCUUCCAUCGUGGCCGAAACCUUUGGUAUUCACGGCCUGAGCCAGAACUGGGGGCUUAUGACGCUCUCGCCCGUCGUGUCUGGUAACGUGUUCAACAUUUUCUACGGCAGAAUCUACGACAGGCAUAGUGUCGUUGGCCCGGAUGGCGAGCGCGUCUGCCACGACGGGCUGGACUGCUAUCGUGCAGCGUAUCUGAUGACACUGGGUGCGUGCUCAAUCGGGCUGGUGCUCACUUUGUGGGUCAUCCGUCACCAGCGAGUGAAGUGGGCAAAAGAAGAGAAGAUGAAGGCGGAGCAGGAUGACUGAGAGACACUUUGCUCAGGGUAAAUCCAAAGGUGUAGGCGGGGGAUGAGAGAAGUCCAUAACUAUCCCUCACAAUUCUUGACACAAAGUCGUCUCUGCGAACACGGCUGGCUGUCAUAGCUUCAACAUAGAUUUAACGUCAAACGGCCGUAGAUAACUCAUAGAGGAAAGGCGUUUUGGGUAGCUACAUUUUUUUUCUGGUUCACGAGUAUCGACACUCGGUACCACAGCGGAGAUCAAAUGGAAAUUGUAAUUCAUCUUUAUCCCUAUUGUAUUCACAACUUCAUUCACAGGACCAAGUAAUACAGGAUCGGUGAAAUUCCGAAUUCAGUUUUGAGAGCUUCCAUCAUUGCUGGUGGGCACUAUACCACGGUCGUCUUUUGCGACGAGCGCCU